AUGAGCGAGGCGGGCCGGGUGUGCUCGGGCUACUACAGCCUCAACCGCACCUUCGUGGAGCCCUUCGAGUGCCCCCGGAGCGGCGAGGGCGCCGCCCUCCGCUACUGCUGCGGCUUCGCAGACCUCAAGUACUGCUGCGGGGAGCCGGGCAGCUACUUCCCCUACAAGCACGGCUACAUGUGGAGCCUCAGCAUCGGUGCCCUGGUUGGACUGGGAACUGCUGCCCUUGUUCUACUUGCCUUUGUCAUCAGCGUCUGUGUCCUGUGCUACUUAUUUCUGUCUACAAAGCCUCAAAGGUUAGACAGCGGCCUCCAGCUUCAGCACCUAGAGGCGUCUUCCACUCGAGAAGGCACCCCAAACAGGAAAACCAAAGCCCCCAAUUCAAACGCAGCAUCAAAUUCAACAAUUGAAACAUCCUAUGAAGCUGAUGAUAUAAUUCAAGAUCCAAAAAUGGAUACCACACAAAUCAAAACUGUGUAUUAAACAGCCUUUGUUGUAAAAGCUCACUGCAGAGAUGGAGCCAUACAAAUAAAGAAUGCAUUCCAAAUACAGUUCGUAAUUAUGCUUUUUAAAAAUUCACAAAGCAAGACACAGCUGCAUUUUCGAUUAUUCAAUUAAUUUAUUAAAAACCUACUAAGGUUUCUGAUCAUGUGGAGUUUACUUUUAUUUGCUAAUUAAGAUAUUUUUGCAUUACAUGAAAUUAGGCUAAUACUUCAUGAGAAAUUAAAGAACUUAUCAAUAACACAGACAAGCAAGCCUAUGCCGGUGCAGAACAAUGAGAAAUUUGUCACAUCACCAACAUUUCACAAUUCUUUUGAUACUUAGAGGCAGUUCUUUUUAUGAGAUGGUACAGGAUAGGGGAAAUCUCAGGGGGAAGGGUCUUACAAAAUAGAGGUGGCAGGUUCUUAGGUCUCUUAGAGAUCAACCCAUGCCUUUUUUAGAGGGCUUGCUGGGCACAAAAUGAAUAUAUUGUCUUUAUAAAAGCUAACAUUCAGUAACAUUCCCUCACAAUGUGUAAUCUGCAUGACAAAUAUUUUCUGAAUACCAAAGGGGUAACCCUAACAAAAAUCCUUCACUGAUGAAGUUUCUAUGGAACUUCUAUAAUGAAAGUUGUAAAAAAAAAAUAAAGUUCUCUAGCUCCACCUAAGGCUAUUGCAGUAAUACCACUUAGACACCUAGAAAUCAAACUAUGCUUUCUGCAAAUUAUAAUUGUCUUGAAAGAUUUUUAUUCCUAAGUGUGAUUUCUAUUACAAGAACACGGACCUUGUUUUCUAACGGAAUUCACUAGGAAAUAAGGAUUAAUUUUAAAAGCUGGCUCUGCCAACACAUCUGUGUUGAAUAAAAUACCUGUAGUUGAAAGACUAGCCUUUCAAAAUGUGUCAAAUAUGGCUUCUCUGGUAGAAGAGGAAAAAAAAAAAAAAAAGGAAUGCCCUAUUGCUUUUGGUCAUGUUCAGGUUUUACAAACUUUUGACCAUUUGGCUGUCAAAAUUUUUACCAAGAGCUGGGUUAUCUCCUGGACCAGCACUGUGCAGUAGAAGCUUCUGGGAUGAUGGAAAUGUUUUCUUUAUCUGCACUGUCCAUGGUAGCCACUAGCCUCAUGUGGCAACUGGGCACUUAAAAUGGGGCUCAUGCAACUGAAGAAUACAUUUAUAUUUAAUUAAUCAAAGUUUAAACAGCCACAUGUGGCUAUAUUGAGAGCAUAACUCCAGAUCAUUAUUGCAACAUCUACUGCUUGUAGAUUUCACACUGGCUGUCUUGAUACACAGAUACUCAUAAUUAUCUUAAUAGUCAGAUGUUGCAUCAGGUAAAAACCUAGGUUGAGAAAGUUAAGGCACUGGUACAGUUCUACCUUUGUUGUUCAAGGGCAAGGGCAGAUGCCAUAAAUGACAGUUGGCAGGCAAACCUAUCAAGGCCAGCAAAAUGCUCAUAGUCCCUCAAACUCCUCCUAACCUUUGAGAGAUACUGGGGCUGGGCAUGGCUGUGUGUGUCAUAGGUUGUGUCCUAGGAGAGGCAGCCCAAUUCUCUGGCAUUCUGCAUAUUUUUUUUUUUUUUUUUAAUUUGGGGGGAGACAAAUGAGGUCAGAAGAUGCUGGGCUUCACAAGUGGGAUUACCAGCAUGCUGGCUUAAGAAACAUAUUCUCCUUGGAGGCCAAUGGCCCAAGGACAACUGAGUCCUAGUACUAGUACUAGCUAUAGUCUCUGCCAACCCAGGUUACCUGAGGGGACAGCCACUGGUCUCAAUCAGUGGGCCAACUGGCAUGUGUCUCUGUAACUUUGAAGCAGUUGUGCUUCAUAGAUUGAGACAAAAUAUUAAGAAAGCAAGAAGACUUAUCAAAUUACAGCCAAGACUAUACAAUGAAAAAUAUUUUAUAUGAUUUAUUUGGGUGGAACAAAUACUAGCCUAGUGACAGAAUUUAAGUCAGUCAAAAAUUAUCUAAACAUUUAAAACAAAACACAUUUCAAAGUAUGCACGUAUGUAGGUCAUUCUGGGGACGGGUCUGAUAAGGAAUACAGUAGCUUUAUGUGUUUUUAGAAGACAAGUCACUGGGAUUUUUGGUAAUAAUCAAAUCUCAGAAAGGCAAGUGGGUCUAGAAGAGAACAUAAUAGGAACAUACAAAUAAUAGGAUAUAAAAGACUCAGGUUAUUUUCUAUGUGACCGUCUCAUGUGAGUGAUUUCAUCUUGUAAAAACUGCUUAGUUGGAUUCUGAAAUGGAUGAAACCAAACUCCAAUAAGUCAUUUCUUUCCAUAAGACUCUCUCAAGGUGUCUCAUUGCUCAUAGAUUCAAGUCCAAGCUUCCAAACAUGGAACAUAAGACUUUUCUUGUGUUCCUGAAAACCUAACGGUUGUCUUGAUUCUUCCCACUUCCUGCCUCACAUAUUGCUUGCAAUUCUUGAUACACACACCCCUUAGUUCUUUUCUGUUGUGGGUUUUGUUCACAGUACCGACUCAUCAGUAACUGCCAGGACUUCCACCUUAAUCCUCAAAUCAAAAUCCAAGUCAAGCAGUACUUUCUUUAGGCAGCCUCUUCUAACUCCUCCAGGCUAAGUAUCCUUCUGUGUUUCUAUAAACGCAUGCUCAGGUCAAUCACUGCACUUCUUACACAUUGAUGUGUUCUGCUGUUUCUCCUACCAACUAAAUAUGAACCUCUUCAGGGAAGCAAAUGAGUCUCACCAAUCUCUGUAUCCCCAAUACUUAUUAGCAGUGUUUGCCAUGCCA